AUGCCGAACGCCCAGUAUUCCGGGUACCAAGCUGGCUUCGGCAACUCGUUCGAAUCAGAGGCCGUUCCCGGCACAAUUCCACAUGGCCAGAACAGCCCCCGCAAUGUCCGUUUCGGGUUGUACGCAGAGCAGGUCACCGCGACGGCUUUCAUUGCCCCCCGUCAUUGCAACAAGAAGGCUUGGCUGUACCGCGCUCGUCCGGCCGCCGAACUUGGUGCUAACAGUGUCCUGUUUCAGACCGAACUCCCCGACAACAAAGACACCGAGUGCAGUUUCCUUCCCCUCAAUCCUCGCAUCCAUGUCUCCCCCACUCAGCUCGCCUGGCACCCGUUUGACAUCGAAGAGUCUGAGACCGAUUUCGUCGCCGGUCUCAAGACUGUUGCCGGCUCCGGCGACCCCACCCUCCGUGAGGGCAUUGCAACACACGUUUACACAGCUAACAAGAGCAUGACAAAGAGGGCCUUUGUCAACUCCGACGGCGAGUUCCUUAUUGUCCCCCAGCAAGGCGCCCUCGACAUCCAGACCGAGUUCGGUCCUCUAUUUGUCCAGCCCGGUGAGAUUGUCGUCAUCCAACGUGGUCUCCGCUUCCGCGUUGAGCUUCCCGAUGGCCCUUCGAGAGGUUAUAUCCUUGAGAUCUGGGGCUCGCAGUUCGAGCUUCCUGAAUUAGGGCCUCUCGGUGCGAACGGGCUCGCGAAUGCGCGGGACUUCCUAUACCCGACUGCGAAAUACGAAGUCGUUAAGGAGCCGUGGGAGAUUAUCUACAAGCUAGGUGGCAAAUUCUUCAAGAGCACCCAGCAGCACAGUCCAUUCGAUGUUGUGGCGUGGCAUGGAAACUAUGUCCCAUACAAAUACGACCUGACAAAAUUCGUCAAUGUCGGCUCCAUCUCCGUUGACCACAUCGAUCCAUCUAUUUUCUGCGUCCUUACUGCCAAAUCCCGCGACCUUAAUGCCCCUCUCGCCGAUGUCCUGAUCUUCUCGCCCCGCUGGGAUGUUGCAUCGCACACCUACCGCCCCCCUUACUACCACCGUAACGCGGCAUCCGAGCUAAUGGGUCUCAUCUACGGCGAUUACGGCGGCCGCUCCGACGCAUUCAAGCCCGGCUCUAUCUCGUUUGAAUGCGGGAUGGUUCCGCACGGAGUUGCGUACGAGGAAUUCUCCGCUGCAACGGCGGGCGAGACUGAUCCUCCCGCUAUGCGCAUCUCUGAAGGAUCUAUCGCGUUCAUGUUUGAGUCUUCACGACCGUUCACAAUCACGGACUUUGCGUGGAAGAGCGAGAAGAGGCAUGAGCACGAGCCGAAGAUGUGGGACAACUUGGUGGAUCAUUUCAGUGAGCAUGCUAAAGAGGUUGAGGAGAUAUUGGCGGCGAAGGCGAAGGGACUCCGGAUCUAG